AGUCUUCUCUUGAGCUCAUGGUACAGUGUGGUGGAAGGAAAUCAACUCACCUUUGAGGUCGUAUUUGAGUCUCCACUGACUCUAGCCAGAGACGUGGAGGUGAAUGUCACGCUAAUAGAUGGAACUGCCAUUGCCCCUGAUGACUAUAAUAUGCUGGGACCAAUGGUCCUGACACUGACUGGCAGUGGUGGUACUGCCAUGGUUAAUAUUGUAGAUGAUGCAUUGGCUGAGGUUGACGAAAUGUUUGAAAUGAUGCUGAGUUCAAAUGAUCCCUCCGUGUCAAUUGUCGAGGACACAGCUACUGUCACCAUUAAUGACUCUGUCCUGGUGUUUCAGUUCAACCAGUCUGCCUACACUGUGGAUGAAGGAGACUCAGUACCAGUAAUGGUGACGUGGGUCAAUCCACAGGAGGGAGAGGUGGGAGUGAGAGUUACUGUGACCCCCAGUGGCACCCCCCAGGACUACUCCAUUAGUCCAGAGGGGAACAUUACACUCAGCAAUAGCUCCAACACGGCUGUAGUGGUCAUUACUGCACUGAGCGAUAAGCUGAAGGAAGACCCAGAGGAUUUCAUUCUAUCUCUGGAAUCUUCAUUCAGACUGAGCGUCUCUCAAGCCGCUCUCACUAUCAAUGAUACUACUGUCACUCUGGUGUGGUGGGGGAGAGUGAAGUGACGGAGGGAGAGAACAUAACUCUGAAUAUUACAGCUGUCGGUCCGUUUGUGAGAAUUUCAUGGUGAAUAUACAGGCUGAUCCAGCGAACAAGGUCAUGAUUUGUCCAACGUAUGUCGACUUCACUUGUUCCAUAUCAAGUCAGUGUCACUAUUGGAGGGAUUACUGGAUGGAGAGCCUGAGCUGACUGAGGUGGUCACUAUUAGUUUCACCACCGCGUCUGCUAAUGUUGAAGCUUGGAGUAUACUAUACAGUCAUAGACGCGACUGUAAACCAUACUGAUCGUCCUCAGUCUCAGGGAGUGGAGGUGAAUAAUUCAGUGACGCUAACAUGUUGGUUCAUAGCUGGGAACCCAGUGGAGAUAGUGUGGAUGAAGGAUGGGGUCCACUCAGUGAAGGUGGACCUAAUGUGUAGAUGAGGGGGAGUUUGUCUACAGGAGCACUCUCAGCAUUGACUCUUCAUGUGGAGUUUUCCAACUGCGGCAACUAUACCUGCUCCAUGAGUAAAUGUGUUUACUGACUCUCCCACACGCAUGAUGCUCGAGAGUCUUCCAGCUGGCUCUAGCCACCUUCAGACCAGUAACCCAAUGUCAUACCAUUGGAAGCAGUGGUGUCAAAGCUGCCCUCCAUUAUCAGCUGUGGCCAGAUCAAUACUAUCUUGACAUCGACAAUGACAAUGCCACACGAAUGCUUCUCUUCAAACCACCACUGCUGACUGUGGAUGAGACUCUGGGCACUGUUGAGACUACCAGUGACGGCAACUAUAACGACGCGUGGGUAGGUCCACGAGGAAUGUCACAGUUUGCAACGUGACCUACGGCAGAGUGGUACUCCUCGCGAGGAGAUCUCAACUAACUCUGAGAGUUUUGCCAUCAAUGACGACGUGCGGGCAGAGGAGAGAUCUAACUAUAAACAACAGACACUGGCGGCGAUUCAUUCGUGGUGGGGGAUGACGCUACUGCACGCAGUGCAACCAACCUCACGGUGAGAUCGAGACCCUCACCAUACGAUGGUUCAGACUUGCCGACUUCCACACAGGAGGGGAUUAUAUUAUGCCUACUAAAUCCCCCGCGAACACGAUGGUCGAGACUGGAAGAUGCAAGUGGCACUCAUA